AGAUUUGGUGGAGAAGAGCCAAAACCGGCCGCCGUUAAUUUACCGCAAAAAAUAAAAAAAACUCAUUUUUUUCAUGUUGAGUUAAAAAACUAUACAGGCAUUGGGUUUGCCUAAAGCCACGUUAUCUCUCUCUUCACCGACUGGGCACGUGCGCCUGAAAACCAAAAUCUUGUGAAACAGCGAAAUAAAUUUAUACGAGUAUAGUACAUGUCGACAUAUGCGAUUCAUUCCCCAUCAUCACAUUUCUAUUUUCUUCUUCUUUUCUCUUUCGUUAUCCUACUUUUUGCCUAAUCUUCAGCACACACCCGAAAAAACGCAGACUUAAAAAAAAUUAAUCUGACUGGCGUUCUUGAUCUACUGAUCCUAUUGUUUCCUCUCAUCUCUGGACAGUAUAAGGAUAGCUCUUAGUCGAAAUGUCUUCUCCCAGCAAGAGGCGUGACAUGGAUGUCAUGAAAUUAAUGAUGAGUGACUACACUGUGGAGCCCAUAAAUGAUGGCAUCAACGAGUUCAAUGUGGAAUUUCAUGGCCCAAAAGAAAGUCCGUACGAAGGUGGUGUUUGGAAAGUUCGCGUGGAACUUCCAGAUGCUUAUCCCUACAAAUCUCCGUCAAUCGGGUUUGUCAACAAAAUCUUCCACCCCAAUGUUGACGAGCUGUCGGGCUCGGUAUGCUUGGAUGUCAUCAACCAGUCGUGGAGUCCAAUGUUCGAUCUGUUGAACGUGUUUGAGGUUUUCCUCCCUCAGCUUCUACUCUAUCCAAACCCUUCAGACCCACUCAACGGUGAUGCCGCGUCUCUGAUGAUGAAGGACAAAGCGCAAUACGAGCAAAAAGUCAAGGAGUAUUGCGACCGCUACGCGAAGAAGCAGCACGCUGAGAAUAGCGUGAGCGAUGAGAGCGAAGACGAAGUGAGCGACAACGAGGCCUACAGCGACGGGCGGAGCGAUAGCGAUGACGAAGUUGCAGGGCGUGCCGAUCCGUAGGGCGAUCCAUUGUUUUGUUAAAAUUAAUUGUAUCAUGAAUGGUUGCUAUUAUCAUGUACAAUAGGAGUUUUAGAGCAGCUUAAUUUAGUGAGUAGGUGUUAUGGAAAUCCCAAUUUCAAGUUUAUUACUGAAGUUGAUGUAAUACUUCCACAAUCAGGCUUAUAUAUUAUCGUCUGAUGUUGGCUUGAAUCAA